CGUGCCCCGUGUUUGGUUUCUCUUUCAAUUUCCCUGCCUUCCCCUUGGCUCGCGUGUAUCCUUCCUUCCUGUCCUCGGGGGGCGGGGCUACGAGUCGCACGACACGAGCGGGAACACCCAGCCCUCCCAGCUCCUCGGGUCUCCCCGACUCCCCCCUCUCGUGCUCCGCCGGGCCUCUCUACUUUGCCUGCGCGUUCGUCGCCCGCCGCCUCCGUUUCAAUUCACCCACGCCCACCUUCCGCCGGGCGGACGCCACGCCCGCUCCCCUCCAGAUCUCCGGCCGCCGGCGCGCGGGCCGGCUCUGUUGGACUCGGUCGUCGCGCUUGGGGCGAGCGUAGGUGUCCGCGGUGAUGCGGUGGGGCGGCGCGCUGCUCCUGGUGGCCGUCCUCGCCGUGGCCGCCGUAGCAAAGGAAAAUACUGAUACACUACCAGUCGAAACAAAUGGUGAUGGCUCUACUGCACAGUCUGGUGUUAAGAAUUCAGAACACCAUGAUGAGACAAAUCCUAACGAAGAGCAUGUGACCGACGAGAAUGGAGGAGUCAAGAAUGAUACAAGUGAGAACAAUAAGAAGGAUAAUUCAACAGAAGAAAUCAGCAUCAGAAGAGAUGACUCAGUACAGCAGCCAAAGGACAAAGAUAGCAGCACAAUAAAAUCUUCACAAGCAAAAGAUUUCCUGCAAGAUCCUCUUAUCAUGGAGUGUGAUCCAUCACAUAGAUGUAUCAUUGAAAAUAAGAAAUUCAUUGCCUGCUUAAAAGUUCCUGGAGAAGAUUCACUAUCUCUAUCACUUCUGAUGGACAACAAAGGCACGGACCCACUUGAUGUUAGUAUCACAGCUCCAGAUUAUGUGACUUUAGCUGAAGAUACUGUCCAUGUCGAAGCAAAUGAUCAUCAUGGGACACAGGUGAGCGUCUCCAUCAGUGACGCUGCAAACAACACGGCAAUAGUCCUCAAAGUUGCAGGAGAAUCCUGUGCUGUUAACAUUCACAGUGCAAUCGCAAGGGAAGCUGGCAGAGUCAUAAGAGUUCCACUUACCUCAACAUACACGCUGGUGCCUGUCUUUCUUCUCCUUGCUUUGGUGGGAGUGUGCGUCAAGCUUCGGAGGAUGCGCAAGCAAGAUGGUGUCCUUCCAUACCAGAAGCUCGACAUAGCAGAGCUACCGGUUUCCAUUGGAGGCAAGAAAGAGCCCAAUCAAUCCAAUAAGUGGGACGACAACUGGGGAGAUGACUGGGAUGAUGAGGAAGCACCGAUGACAACAUCCAAACCUAUCCCAAACCCAUCAUCCAAAGGUCUCGCUCCAAGGAGAUCUACAAAAGAUGGCUGGAAAGAUUAGUUAACAAAAAGAUGAGCAUUGUGGAAAUAGUUCCAAUGCCUAUAGGCUAUACUGUAUUUUUGUCUUCCUUUGAAGGACCUUGUUUUGUUUUCCUUCUGAUUAGAUAUAUGGAGGGUACUAUAUCAGAGAGACGGAGACUGCAUUACAUCGAUGCCACGCAGAAAAUUUUGUAAAAGUUCUUGUGCCGAUUAAGUUACUGGUGAAUAUAGUUUUUCUCAGGUGCACUUCUA